AUUUGUUCUUGGGCUACGCGUGCAUUAUAUCAUGUUUCGCGGCCGCGGCUCUUUUUUGGUCGUGCUGAUUUCAAGCGUCACGGUUUUCCUCACCCUGCUGCAGAUCUACCUGAAGGUGGCGCCGAACUUGCGGCGCCGCUACGCAAACGAAUUCGGCGGCGGCGAGAAAAUCCGCAAACUGCCCGACUGCAUCAUAAUCGGGGCGAAGAAGGGCGGCACCAGGGCGCUGCUCGAGUUCAUCAACAUCCACCCCGACGUCGAGAUCUCGCCCUUCGAGGUCCACUUCUUCAACAUGGAGAGGCAGUACUCGAGGGGCCUCCACUGGUACAGGUCGCAAAUGCCAUUGGCGGCGCCAGGGCAGCUGGUCGUCGAGAAGUCGCCAAACUACUUUGUGUCCAGGGACACGCCAGGACGUAUUUUUGAGAUCAACAAGGACAUCAAACUGGUGCUGGCGGUUCGGGAGCCGGUCGAAAGGGCCAUUUCGGACUUUGUCCAGAGCUACCAGCGCCACAACCUGACCUUUGAGCGACUGGCCUUCAAGGACGGCGACGGCACCUUCGAGAGUGUCAACACGGCGUGGUCGGCCAUCAAGACGAGUUCGUACGCGCGCCACCUGGAAAGGUGGCUUGAGGUCUUCCCCAGGGCGCAAAUCCUGGUGGUCGAGUGCGGCGACCUGACCGCCGACCCUGCAGGCCAGCUGCGCAGGGUCGAGCGCUUCCUGGGCCUGCGGCCGCACAUCUCACAGCAGAACUUCUUCUUCAGCCGACAGAAGGGCUUCAUGUGCUGGCGCAGAGGCCCCGACGACCCCGGCCACUGCCUCGGCGACCGCAAGGGUCUCAAGCACCCUGAGGUCCACCCUGCGGCCGUGGCCAGACUCAGGAGGCACUUUUCCGCGCUCAACAAAAGGUUUUUCGAACUGGUCGGCACAGAAUUCAACUGGCCCCAGCAAUGACAACUGACUUUUAAAAGUUUUGUUUAAUUUUUAAUCAGUUAAUUAAUUUCACAGAGGAACCUUCAGGCACACAUUUGUGCUUCCGAAUAUUAUCAAUGUAACCUAUUUAUGAAUCAGAAAGUAUUAAGACUUGUUGUAAAGCAAUUGACUAUUAAAAGUUUCAUAAAAAUACUUCUUAAAUUAAUAAUUUAGUUAAAAAUAAUUGGAAUCAAUUUUGUUGCUCUCAGUCAAAAGCGUGACUUUUGAGUGCGUUUCAAGUUUUCCUCCAAGUGCUUUUUCUUUUCAUUAGCCCACUUCAGGAGCUCAUUGUAUGCAUUGGAAACCAUUACUUGCUUAGUCACAUUACUCUCCACCAUGUUCUUCAAGUUGUUGUCAUGGAAGGGGUAGUAAAGCAGAUUCCGUCCAGCCUGGGACGCCGCCAGGUGCUGGAUUUUGGCCUUUAGCACUGGAUCACCCUGAGAAAAUUAAUUGUUUUUUCAACACA